AUGAAGUUUUUGAAAAUCAAAAGACCGCCAACUGAAGACGAAUUUCAAGCUCUCUUACCUUCAGGAACAAUUGAAUCCCCACAAUUGGUGACUUUCCAAGGGUCCAAGCUCAACAGUAAAAAUUUCUUUUUGUUGGCUCGUGUUGGCUAUAAAGGAAGCUGGUUUUACCCGCGGCUCCCCUCCGAGAUAGAAGAAACUGGCGAUAAAGUUUGGCCAGCAAAGAUGCGAUUUCAGUGUGCUCAACGAAGGAAAGAAAGAAAAACUCGGACUUGCUCGGCGAAACUUUGGCUUUUCACGAAAAAACGAAACGUCUUCGACGAUGAUUUUUUCAAUCGAGAGAACAUGAAGCUUGGAGCAAUUGAACAUGUCGGUUUUCAUCUCGAAACCUGCGUUUCUGAAGAAAUUUGGAAAGAAUCUGUCCUCAAAUAUGCCUAUUUCAAGGCGCAGUUGAACAGAACCAAAGAAGAAGCCCUCAAACAUGCAGCUCUCAUAAGAUCGGUCGAAGUUGAGCUCCUGCUUUCCGACAUUGCCCGAUCCGAAAUUUUCGAUCCUCAAACCAGCAAAAAUAUUCAAAGCUCGUCACGUGACUUCGAAAAGAAAUACAAAAAUGGAGUCUUCGAUGAGAAAACAGUUAACCCACCGCGACAAGCUCCUCCUAAAAAGAUUGCGAAAGUCAAGCCAAAAUCGCCAGUUCAAAACAAAACCGCUAGCCCGAUAAAAUGCCCAGUCAAAAUUUUAAUUCCAUCUCCCGAUUUAUCAUCUUCUGAACCAUCAUCGCCCGAGCACGAUUUGAACGAAACACGAGAAGUGCUAGAGUUAGAGCUGGUUCCAACGUAUUCAGCGUCUGAAUCUGAAGCCAGUGAUGAAGAAUACUUCUCCGAGCUGGUGGCCAAAUACGAGUCGGGAACAACAAAAAUCGCCGUUGCUUCUUCUGACUACUACGGGUCCGACCUGGUUGACAUCAAGCACAACUGGGGCGACUCAGACGACCGCAUCAUUUGGAGAACCCGGCAAUGCCUCGACUAUCUUUUCAUGUGGAACAUAGGCCUCGAUUACGACUACUUUCUUCAACUAGAAGAUGAUCUGGUCAUUGACCGUGGAUUCUUUCAAUUUCUGAUGAUGCAAAUUCAGCAAAGAAAAGACGACCAAGAUUGGAUCUCGCUUGAAUUCUCCGGAAUGGGCUUCAUUGGAAAACUCUUCAGAAAAUCAAGUCUACAAGAAAUGGCCAUUUAUACGAGGCUAUUUUAUCGAACAAAGCCGAUAGAUGUUAUCUACUGGGAUUUCGUAAAAAUGAAAGCUUGUCUGUCCGCAUGCGAGGCGAGUUGUAAAUCAUUGGUGGUCAAACUUGCAGUCCCAGUUCACGACAGAAAGUUUCUUCAUCACGUGGGGCGAGUUUCAUCGCUUGAAGGGAAGAUUUCGCACUUGGGCGAUUUGAAUCCGACAAUUGAGGAGGAAAAAAUCGCGACAAAUUUGAACAAAAAAGAUGUUCUUGAAUUUUAUUAUGGAAAGAAAGAUCUUUUGAUUCAAGCUUCAAAAGAGGACACAACGAUGGAAUUUUACUUCAGCCAUCUUCAGUCUCCUUAG